AGUGCGCUGGCGGCGGCGGCGGCGGCGGCGGCGGCUGGGCUGUUUGUUCUGGUCUCCCGCAGCCGAGGAGCCGAAGCAGUGGCGGCGGCUGCAGCGGCGGCUGCCGGCGGUGCCCGCGGGCGAGCGCGGCCUGUGAGCUCGGCGGAGCGGCGGGCGGGCCCCGGCGCCGCGCAGGCAGCUCGGGGAGGGGGCGGCGGCAGCAGGCGGACGGCCGGCGGGGGCGGCGUGCGGCCUAGUGUCUCAGAGUGCCUGGUGAAGAAUGUGAUGGGAUCACUAGCAUGUCUGCGGAGAGCGGCCCUGGGACGAGAUUGAGAAAUCUGCCAGUAAUGGGGGAUGGACUAGAAACUUCCCAAAUGUCUACAACGCAGGCCCAGGCCCAACCCCAGCCAGCCAACGCAGCCAGCACCAACCCCCCGCCCCCGGAGACCUCCAACCCUAACAAGCCCAAGAGGCAGACCAACCAACUGCAAUACCUGCUCAGAGUGGUGCUCAAGACACUAUGGAAACACCAGUUUGCGUGGCCUUUCCAGCAGCCUGUGGAUGCUGUCAAGCUGAACCUCCCUGAUUACUAUAAGAUCAUUAAAACACCUAUGGAUAUGGGAACAAUAAAGAAGCGCUUGGAAAACAACUAUUACUGGAAUGCUCAGGAAUGUAUCCAGGACUUCAACACUAUGUUUACAAAUUGUUACAUCUACAACAAGCCUGGAGAUGACAUAGUCUUAAUGGCAGAAGCUCUGGAAAAGCUCUUCUUGCAAAAAAUAAAUGAACUACCCACAGAAGAAACCGAGAUCAUGAUAGUCCAGGCAAAAGGAAGAGGACGUGGGAGGAAAGAAACAGGGACAGCAAAACCUGGCGUUUCCACGGUACCAAACACAACUCAAGCAUCGACUCCUCCGCAGACCCAGACCCCUCAGCCGAAUCCUCCUCCUGUGCAGGCCACGCCUCACCCCUUCCCUGCCGUCACCCCAGACCUCAUCGUCCAGACCCCUGUCAUGACAGUGGUGCCUCCCCAGCCACUGCAGACGCCCCCGCCGGUGCCCCCCCAGCCACAACCCCCACCCGCUCCAGCUCCCCAGCCCGUACAGAGCCACCCACCCAUCAUUGCGGCCACCCCACAGCCUGUGAAGACAAAGAAGGGAGUGAAGAGGAAAGCAGACACCACCACCCCCACCACCAUUGACUCCAUUCACGAGCCACCCUCGCUGCCCCCGGAGCCCAAGACCACCAAGCUGGGCCAGCGGCGGGAGAGCAGCCGGCCUGUGAAACCUCCAAAGAAGGACGUGCCCGACUCUCAGCAGCACCCAGCACCAGAGAAGAGCAGCAAGGUCUCGGAGCAGCUCAAGUGCUGCAGCGGCAUCCUCAAGGAGAUGUUUGCCAAGAAGCACGCUGCCUACGCCUGGCCCUUCUACAAGCCUGUGGACGUGGAGGCACUGGGCCUACACGACUACUGUGACAUCAUCAAGCACCCCAUGGACAUGAGUACAAUCAAGUCUAAACUGGAGGCCCGUGAGUACCGUGAUGCUCAAGAGUUUGGUGCUGACGUCCGAUUGAUGUUCUCCAACUGCUAUAAGUACAACCCUCCUGACCAUGAGGUGGUUGCCAUGGCCCGCAAGCUCCAGGAUGUGUUCGAAAUGCGCUUUGCCAAGAUGCCGGACGAGCCUGAGGAGCCAGUGGUGGCCGUGUCCUCCCCGGCAGUGCCCCCUACCACCAAGGUUGUGGCCCCGCCCUCAUCCAGCGACAGCAGCAGCGAUAGCUCCUCGGACAGUGACAGUUCGACUGAUGACUCUGAGGAGGAGCGAGCCCAGCGGCUGGCUGAGCUCCAGGAGCAGCUCAAAGCCGUGCACGAGCAGCUUGCAGCCCUCUCUCAGCCCCAGCAGAACAAACCAAAGAAAAAGGAGAAAGACAAGAAGGAAAAGAAAAAAGAAAAGCACAAAAGGAAAGAGGAAGUGGAAGAGAAUAAAAAAAGCAAAGCCAAGGAACCUCCUCCUAAAAAGACAAAGAAAAAUAAUAGCAGCAACAACAAUGCGAGCAAGAAGGAGCCAGCGCCCAUGAAGAGCAAGCCCCCUCCCACGUAUGAGUCAGAGGAAGAGGACAAGUGCAAGCCUAUGUCCUAUGAGGAGAAGCGGCAGCUCAGCUUGGACAUCAACAAGCUCCCCGGCGAGAAGCUGGGCCGCGUGGUGCACAUCAUCCAGUCACGGGAGCCCUCCCUGAAGAAUUCCAACCCCGACGAGAUUGAAAUCGACUUUGAGACCCUGAAGCCGUCCACACUGCGUGAGCUGGAGCGCUAUGUCACCUCCUGUUUGCGGAAGAAAAGGAAACCUCAAGCUGAGAAAGUUGAUGUGAUUGCUGGCUCCUCCAAGAUGAAGGGCUUCUCGUCCUCAGAGUCGGAGAGCUCCAGUGAGUCCAGCUCCUCUGACAGCGAAGACUCCGAAACAGCUUUCUGCCCCAGAGGAGACUUCGUGUCCCCAGGGCCUUCCCCAUAUCACAGUCAUGUGCAGUGCGGCCACUUCAGGGAGACGCUUCGCUGGUUUCUGGUGGAUGUGGAGCAGACUGCAGCUGGCCAGCCACAUCACCAGUCUGCUGCUGGCCCUACCAUCACCUGGGCCCUGGCCAUUGACUGCCCGUUCCCAGAGUGUGCUCGUUGCUGUGUUGGCUGCUCCUGAAUCUGCCCUAACUCCACACGCACCUGGACUUGCGUGUCCCUCCUGCAAUUCUAACAGUCCCUUCUCUUCAAGCCCUGUGGGUCUGCAUGUUGGACCCCGGGUUCCCCAUUAGAGCCCACCUUCUGAGCAGCAGCCUCAGUGGGAGGUGGAGGCAGGUAGCGAUGCUGUGGGUGCCAGGUGGGAGUGGAGAGGGGACUGCUUUCCUCCAAGUGUGCACUUUCCUCAUUAUUCUCAGGGGCGCAGAUGCUCAGGCUGGUGUAGGGGAGAGGCUAGGGAGGGAGCCAUGGUGCCCAGGAGGCCUGGUGACCAGCCCCUGCUGAGAGAUGGAGCUAACAUCCUGUGUUUACAGCCAACGGGGUUGCCGUUAGGCUGGUGCAGCUGUCAGUGAGCUGGCGUGCUGCAGACCACCUGAGAGCUGGCCCUAGGGUCUCAGGCAGACUGGGGAGUGGGGAUCCACAGUGGGAAACCUGUGUUUUGGCAGUAGACUCCUGCAUGUUCUCCCACAUGCCUGUCCCUUCCCUGGGAUUUUAUUCUAACUAGAAAUAAAUGCUAACCCUCAAUAAUCAGUGCAUGUAAAUAACUUGAUUGUGCCAAGGAAGAUUGAGGACCCCACACCGCAGCUGGGGAGAGCCAUGUUGCUCUGAGGUGUGUGUGCACAGAUGGGGCGGGGGCAGGUGGCACCUCGGGCCUUGUCAGUAUUCCUCUUCCCUUGGACAGCCUGGUGCCCUCUGCUUCCCAGGUGAGUGAGGAGACUUGCCUUGAAGUGGGCUGAAGGACCCUCCAGGACUCCAGAUGCCCACAUUCUCUAGCACAACUGCAUGCAGAAUGCCCUGGGCAGCUCACUGGCCCCCUGGCCUUCCCUGUCGCCAUCCUUCACCCUUUCAUCUCUAACCGUUAUUCUCCCCACACUGCUUUUGUAAUCCAUCAGCCAGCAGGAGGCGCUGCACCCCAUGGCUGCCCAGGAAGGGCUGGCUCUGCCACCCGAAGCUAGGGCCCCCACUCGCAGCAGAGUGAGUGGGGUGAAUGGCUGUAUUCUUGGAUCCAAUUAGCAUUCCUGGUGGCCACUGACUUUUCACUUUCCGUGCCAGCCAAGCCUCCAGCUUGCCUUCCUCUGGGUUUUUGCACCUCCUGUUUUCUAGUUGACUUCUGCUACCCGGGGUUUUGUAGCCUUUUCAUCUGAGGAUCUGAGUGACCAAGUGGAAACCCCAGAUGCUGAAAUUGUCAGGGGACCUGAUUAACUAAAAUGACGUGGCAUAGUCGUAGCGGGGUGCUGCUUUAGCCCUCACAAGACAAGACACCUUAGAGGGCAGUGGACAUCACAUCCUGAUUUCCAGUGUGUGAUCGUGGCCUUUGCCCUUGGCCUCCGCGGCCCUCUUCUGGGCUCCUCUGCUUUGGGAGAGGAGUUGGGAACGCUCCUGGUUUCCUGAGUGAGUGCCCCACACCCCUCCUGCUGCUGCUGAGAUUUUAUUAUUUUUUUCACUCCCCCACUUUAAAAAAAGUGGAAAGAUUGUGCAACAAGUAAUCUGAGAGUCCUGGGAACAGCUGUCCUGGCGGGAAGGAGGGUGAGAUUUACAGUCUCAGAGCCUCUGGCUCCCAGGCUCCCAGGCUCUGGCGGCCCAGCCCUGGCCGCUCGCGCAGCUGCCUGGGCUCUGGCCUUCCCCUCUUCCCAGGCGCCCUCCCCACCUUGGGUUUUGCCUGGCUCCCUUUUGUCUUCUCAGUCCUGGUCAGCAGUGGCUUUCUUUUGCCUUCUGUGUGGACUGAGUGAGCUCUGUCGUGGGCCAGCAGGGUGCUUCUGCUCUCAGGAGGGGCCGCUGCGAGGGUUUUGUGUGGCAGAUUCCGAAGCGGGAACCCACACCCUAGCGCCAGUAAAUGCAGCCUUCUGCUGCCCUGUCCCGCACAGGACUCUGCACUCUCAGGGCGGGGGGCAGAGGGGGUGUAGCUCCUUCCGCAGCUGCUCUCCUGGGUCCAGGAAUCCCGGCAGCCCUGAUGUCCAUGGCCAGUUACAGGCAGCUCUGCCUUAGCGGGGGAGUGGGUCAGAGUGGGAGAACAUUAUUUCCCUUUGGUCUUUUGGGGCCUAGUUGAUUUGCAGCAGCCCCCCCCCCCCCUUGUUUUUGUGUUUCCAUUUGGAUUGGAGCCGAAAUUCCUGAAAGGGCCUAUUUUUGUCACUUACACUACGGGGUUAGUUCCGCUGACAUGGCCCUGAGACAUGAAUCACCAAAAGAAAACGAACGGAGUCACUAGAUUGAAGGUGGGGGGUGUGAUACAUGAACACCCCUCUUGGCAGCUGUCCAUAGACCGGGAUGCUGUGGACUGAUGCAGGCGUGGGGUGGUCCUCUGGGGCCAGGCUCCAGUUCAGGGAGCCACGGAACACAGGCAGGAGGAGGAUGGCGGGGGUAGGUGCUGCUUUCCUAGCUGUGUCCCAGGCCACCAUGUAUUCCCCACCCUCUGCCCCAGCAGCAUGCAGUGCAGUGGGCCAGACCUAUCACUUCCUCUGAUUCCAGCUAUUGCUUGGGCUGUGGUCUUUCACUGAGCUGUGAUUCCAGCUAAAGCCUGGAGCUACUUGAGGGUUCUGUAUUGAGACAGGCAGGGGUAGGGCACAGAUGCCGCCACCCUCCCACCACCCCUAGGGCAUCUGCAGACCUGGGUGGAGCAGGCUGGAGGAAGACACUGUCCCAGGUGGGCUGUGGACAGUACUGUGGCUUUGCUGUCAUUAGCACUGGGGUUAGGUCUGCCCAGCACAUGGGGCAGGGCAUGUCCUAGGAAUCUUCUAGCUUUCACUUGUCACAUUGCUGACAUCUGGCUCUUCCCAAGUGUCAUGCACAGGUCUUGUGAGCAGAGGAAUACCCCCUUAACCUCAGCUACGUGGGCUGGGACAGGGUCUCAGGGAGAUGUGAGAGAUCCUCCUGGGCUUUGGUCUGGUCGUCUAGUUGGAGUGGGAGCACAGUCCAGCUAUUUUAGCCUCCUGGCUUCCUUUUCCCAGGAUUGGAGCGUGUGGGUGUUUCUUAAUAGCUCCAGGGGAAAAAGGAAUGCUUGAUGUUUUGGAAAGAUUUGAGCUGGGAAGUGCAGACAGAGGCCAUGGGGCAUUCUUACCACACAACCAGCCUCAGCUUCCUGACCCCCAGGGUCUUUGAGGGACUUAGUCGCAUCUCCAGGCCUGCUGCUUGCCUGCUCCAGAGUGUGGCGCUUACCUAGGGGAUUGGUGAGGACCCUGGAGGUGGGGGAGUAGGAAGAGACUUGAAGAUGGGGCGGUAGCCUUUCUGUCUGCACAGCCAGGUGACUCCCCCCACAAACAGCCAGCAUUUGCAGCUGGAGGGAUUCUGGGGCUUCAUGGGCGGGUGAGGGCGAGCGUUGUGGAAUGUGGCCCAGAGUGAGAGGCCGCCAGUGGGCGGGUUUUUCCCAUGCCCGCACUCAGGGGCCAGGGAGUAGCACGUUGGUUGCAUCCGUGACUCCAGCAGAGGCAUCCGCUCUGCUGCAUGGGUGGGAACAAGCCCAGCGCCCCUCCGUGGUCCAGGGAGCCAUGUUGGAUACCCCAGAAAAGGAAAGAAAGGACAAGACUUUAUUCCUUAGCCUGUUUCUUUUUCUUUUUUUCCUCCUCAACAGUGUACGUAAUAGGUUCUGCUUUUUAGAGUUUGAGCUUUUUGUUUGGGGGAUCUGGAGGAAUGCAGAGAUGAGGCUGUUUGCUCUUUCCUCUCCACUGGGGGUCCUGCAUUCUGGUACCUCCUAUCUUGUGGACCCAGGAGGAAGGGUUGGCAUCGCCUUCCUGAGACUAGACAGUGCACAGCCCCUGGGUGAGAUGAGCUCAGAGUCAGCAGGGGCCUGAUGGGCUUGCCACACCUGGCUGGUGGGACAGGGCAGGGGCACCACUCAAAUUCAAAAGAAGCCACUUGAGGGCAGUAAAGGAAAUGCCGGCGUGCGCUCAGGCAGGGCACACGUGGAGCUUGCUAGUGGGAGCCAGGACCACUCUCUAGAAGCUGAGCAGGCUGGGGGGUGGUUUCCGAGGCAUCCAUGCGUUCUGCCUCCGUGACCUUCCUAAGGGGGCGGUGGGUCUGUCCCUACCCAAGGUUAGCCAGGCACGGGGCAGGGCUCUGGUCUCCAGUGCCGUUCUUGUGCCCAUCAGCCACCAGGGCGCAGGAGGUUGGCUCAGUCUGUGGUUCUUCUGUUCUUGUGACUUAAAUGGUACAUUCCACACCAUUUCUCUCACACUGGUUUCUCUCUCCC